CUUCUCCGGCGAGCUCCUGCCCAUGGCGUCGCUCGCUGCCCCGGCCUUCCACUCGCUGGCCGCGCAAAUCUCCAGGGCCUCCACCGCGAGGGCGUCUUCGCAGUGCGUGACCGCGCCCGGCCGCCGAGGAGCGAGGGCGCGGCCUCGGGCGGCGGAGACUGCGCAGGCGGCGGCGGCGGAGACGCCGAGGUUCAGAUGGGAUGAACUUGGGACCGGCCUGUCCGAUCCCCAGGAGCAGGCGAUGCGCGGGCUGUCCCCGAAGCUGCCCAACCGGUGCAGGGCGCUGAUGCCGCGCGUCGUGUCGCUGUCCCCCGGCGAUGAGAACCUCGGCGUGGUCCUUGCGUUCUGGGUGAAGGCCAUGAAGCCCAAGAGGGCCGACUGGUUGCUGGUCCUCAAGGAGCUCAAGGCCAUGGAGAGCCCGCUUCUCGCUGAGGUGCUAGAAUAUGUGCUGCUGGAGGAUUCUUUCGAAGCGAAUGUGCGCGACUACACCAAACUGAUACAAAUCUACGGCAAGCAAAAUCUGUUGCGGGAAGCCGAGGAAGCAUUCCACGCCAUGAAAGCCAGAGGCCUCCCCUGUGAUCAGGUCAUGCUGACUGCACUGGUGGACAUGUACAGCAAGGCCGGGGAUCUCACCCGCGCAAAGGAGACGUUUAAAGAGAUCGUGCUGCUCGGCCUACCGCUCGACAAGCGCGCAUACGGUUCGAUGAUCAUGGCCUACAUCAGAGCAGACAUGCUAGACCAAGCAGAUGAUCUGAUCAAACAGACGGAGGACCAGCAGGUCUUCGCGGGGAAAGAGGUCUACAAGGCUCUGCUGAGAGCAUACUCGUACAGAGGCGAUUCAGAGGGGGCGCAGCGAGUUUUCGAUGCGGUGCAGUUUGCGGGGACGGUGCCGGACACGAAGCUGUGCGCGCUCCUGGUGAACGCCUACUGCCUCUCCAAUCGGAUCGACGAGGCAGUCUGCGUGACCCGAAACAUGAGGAGUGCGGGACUGGAACCGUGCGACAGGUGUGUCGCCUUGAUUCUGGGCGCGUAUGAGAAUGCCGACAGGCUGGAAGGAGCGCUGGAGUUUCUGGCGGAGCUCGAAGAGAAUGGCGUCGUAAUCGGCCAAGAGCCAUCGCAGUUGCUCGCGGCAUGGUUUGGUAGGCUCGGGGUGGUUCAUGAAGUGGAGCAGGUCCUGGAGGAAGUGGGGAAGAGUGGCAAGAGCAAGCAGAGUUCUUCUGUCCUGAAGGAAGGGGUGAAGAGCAGGAUGAGCGUUCACAGUGUUUCAGUUCAGAAGGAAUGGAGAAGAGGAAGCAGGAGCACACACAGCAUUUCAGUCCAGAAGAAAAGGACAACCAACAGGAAGAGCAAACACAAUAGUAGUCCAUCACCUCUGCAACUGAAGUGAAUUUGUAACUCGAGUGCCAUUAGCAUUCAUAUUAUGACAAUAUGCUGUCAAGAAAUCGCAUGCAAAAUCAUGAA